AUGUUUACCGCCUGUGUCUUGACACCACGUGGUGUCGAAGCAAUGGGCGCAGUCCUAGGGCACACAACUCCAGGCGAUGUCGAAGCAAAUGGCGCAUGUCGUAGGCAAAUCGUUACUACUUUUUCACCCGAUGUCCGAAGCAAUGCGAAGUCGCUAGGCGAUCGGCAGUGGUCGAAGCCAAUGGCAUGGAGACCUCAGGCACCAGGAUACUAUAGCUGCACUCAUCGUCACUCACAAGGUUGUUUAUGUUUUGGGAUAUCCUCCCAAGUUCAGAGAUCAGAUCAAGACCCUACAAUAUUUGAAGUGACCUAUAGAGGAAGGCACACAUGUUUUCAAGCUGCUCGUUUAGCAGCUUCAAUAAACGACAAGUCGCAACAAGGUGAGGAUAAUUGCUCAGUAGAACGACAGCAACAACACAAAGAAGUGAAGCCCAAGCUAUUAAAAGAGAUAUCUUUCAAUUACAGAGAAGGACUCAGUAAAAGCGAAGACUUGGAAAUAUUUCUACCCUUUUCUCUCAAUGAAGAAAAUGAUAUUUUCAAGGAGUCAAUAAUGGAGAAUGAUUUCUUUGUUAACUUUUCACCUGCAUUUAUAUCUCCGGCGACGUCGUCCGGCUUUGGAAUAGACAACAAUGCAAGAACGCCAGAAUCUAAUUCCGCUCCAACUUCAGUUACCAAUUCGCCAAUCGGAGAUUGGGAUCUUUCAAUAGAUAGCGUGGAUUUCGACUCCACUCUCCCUUUAGAAUUAUUUGGUUAAUUAUUAAUAGGAUUAAUUUUAUGAUGUUGAUGGGUCAGUGCUUGGAAAGAGAGAUUAAGAGAAAGUUCUUGAGUCUCGGGUGGUGCCUUCCCAGAAAAUUUUUCAGUUGAUUAGGGAGUUUAAUGACGAGUAGGUUUAACCCUUUUUUCUUUUAUCAAUUUGGCUUGUAAACUAAUAGUAGAUUAAAAAUUAAUUCGCUUGUGGACUGAAAUAAAUGUUUAGAAUCAUUGAGCGCAA